AUGUCAGAUAAACAGAAAACUUUAGUUUGUGGGGAUGUUAAUGGAAACUUCAACGCUUUAUUUUCCCGCGUUGAUUCGAUUGUAAAAAAAUCUGGACCAUUUGACGUCCUGCUCUGUUGUGGAAAUUUCUUUAGCGAUGACAAUUCUCAACUUGAUGCUUACAGGAUGGGAAGUAGAAAAGUUCCAGUUACAACAUAUGUUUUUGGGCCUAGCAAUGAAAGUCAUGUUCGUUAUUAUUGUGAAGAGGGAAGUGAAAUAGUGCCAAAUGUUAUUUAUAUGGGCAAAAGAGGUAUAUUUACAACCAGUUCUGAUGUGAAAAUUGCCUAUCUCACUGGACUAUCAAGAAGAGAGCUUGGAAAAGAUAUUCCUAUGUGUACAUUUGAACCUAGUGAUUGUAGUGCUGUCAGAGAUGCUUGUCUUCGAGGCCAAAGCGAGUAUAGAGGUGUGGAUGUUCUCAUAAGUACUCUCUGGCCCAUGGGAAUUGAGCAAGAUGAAUGUCAAAAGAUGGAUGUAGAAAAGGAUCAUUUGUCCAACUUGGUAGCUUGGCUUGCCAUGCAUAUAAAGCCAAGAUAUCACUUUGUACCAUCAGCAAAUAAAUAUUAUGAAAGGCAACCAUACAGAAAUCAAAGUGUACAUCAAGACUAUCGGGAAUGUGCAACAAGAUUUAUAGCUCUUGCAUCAGUGGGCAACAAAGUCAAGGAAAAAUGGAUAUAUGCAUGUUCAUUGCAGCCUAUAAGCACAAUGCGUAUGACAGAUCUACUGCAAGGGACCACUGAUGAGACACCUUGUCCAUAUGAUCCAGAAUUAAUGAAACAACAUCAGCCUGGUAAAGUAGUGAAGUUCUCUGGCAAUGGACAAUAUUUCUUUAACAUGGAUGCAGUAGAUGACGACCAAGGAAAGAGGAAAAGGAAAAGUGGUGAUAAUUCAGAAAGGAAGCGCAAGGAAUUUGACCCUGACUCCUGUUGGUUUUGCUUGUCAUCACCCACCGUCGAGAAGCAUCUGGUUAUAUGUGUUGGAAUGCAUUGCUACCUCGCUUUACCCAAGGGACCCCUUACGCCGUACCACGUGCUUAUUCUGCCGAUAGCCCAUCACCAGUCAGUCAGUAAGGCACCCGACGAUGUUGUGAACGAGAUAAAGAAGUUCAAAGAGGCUCUGAAGCAAUUCUACACUUCCAUGGACAAGCUUGUCGUGUUCUUUGAACGAAACUUUCGCACGUCUCAUAUGCAGAUCCAGUGCGUGCCCGUACCGCGCAUCUGCGAAUCUCAGAUCUUGGAGGUGUUUCAGGACGAGGCGGGCAUAAACAGCGUGCAAAUCGAGGUGCUGCCGCCAUUUGCGGACAUUGCGCAGGUAGUGUUGCCAGGCUCGCCAUACUUCCACGCGGAGCUGCCUACAGGCGACCAGAUAUUUGCGAAGACCAAACAGCACUUCCCUCUACAGUUCGGCAGGGACGUAUUGUCGAGUCCGCCCAUAUUGAAUUGCGAGGACAAAGCGGAUUGGAGACAGUGCCUUAUAGACAGAGACCAAGAAGACGCACAUGUGGCAGAGUUUAGAAGAAAGUUCCGACCUUUCGACUUCACCGUGACCGAAGAUAGUGAUAGCGAU